AUGACGUCGAAUAAAAAUAAGAGAUCGACUCCUCAUAAAUCUCCUCACAAGUCUUCACCUCACAAACUUCACAAGCCGGGAAAAGCUCAUAAAUCACCAAGAGAGAAAGUUGCGCCUGCAAGACAAAGUCUUCCAAUACUUCCCCAGAAGAAUUCUGAAGUCGUUCCUCCAAUAUUACCUCCUACACGAAGAAUAUUGUUUCCUCAAAGUCUCAAGAAGAGUAAUAGUCAACAACCUUUCUUGUCUCCCCAUUCUGUCAAAACAGAUCAUCAGAAGACUAAAAAACACACAUUAUCCUCUCCAGCUGCGAAGUUUUCAGAUGAUCGACCAUUCAAGAAACCGUGUCUUUCAUCUCCAUCACCUGCGAAACAUACUAGACUUCUACCUGUAACACCAGAAAGAGUCAAUGGGCGAGAAAGAACAAUUCCAUCAAGCGACGAUGAAGAUGAGAAUGGGAAUGAGAAAGGAGAUGGAGAUGGUACACCAAAUCCGCCAAGUCGAAAGAGGAAAGCGAAUUCCAUGGCCGGUGCAGCAGGAAGUCACAAGAAAACACCAUCGCCAAGAACAUCCGUAGCAGUCGUCAUUCCAUCAAAACAACAACCUUCCUCCUCAUUCUCUACUAUCAAUCCCAAUUCACCAGCCGUCCGAAAAGUCGAUAUAACUGUUCUACGACUCGAGAAAGAAGAACUACAACAGCGCCUAAAUGUUUCGUUGCAACAAGCACAAAAAGCCAUGAACGAAGUCAAGGAAUGGGAGAAUAGAUGCAAGGAAACAACCGAUGUACAAGAUAAUCUCAACAGACUUCUUCGUGCUGAGAUCGAGGAUAAGGAGAGACUUCAAAAACAAUUGGAAUCUUUCAGAGAACAAGCACACGGACUCAAUCUCGAAGCGAAGACUUGGGAGAAUAAAUGGAAGGAAGCCGCGGGUGAACUCGAUGUAUUGCGGAAGCGAUUUGAACUCGAGACGAAAACACGGAAAGGAGAUGAGCCUACCACAGAGAAAUGGCGACUUCGCUACAUUUCCGAACAUGAAAAGACAAGCAAACUCCAACGCGAACUCAAGCAAAUGAAAAACGCUCCAGAACCCCCUCACCUCACUCAAAAAAUAGAGCAACUAGAACUCGAGCUUUCAAAUCUAAAAUCAAACCAUCACCUCCCCAAAACCAGCAGAGAAACCCCCCAAGAAGCGCACCCCAAGUCACCAACCCCACACCUAACAAAACAACUCUCCCAACCAAAAUCCGAAUGCCCGCAAAAAAAACCUCAUCAUGACCACCCUCCCACAAUCCCACAACUCCCCACACCAACUCUCCACCUCCCAGAACCCAAUCGCUCCAACCCCAAACCCCCAUUCCCCCACCCAACUCAUCACACACCUCACCACGCAAAUCCAAACUCUCCAACAAGAACUCCUCCAAAAAGAACAUCUCUCUCUCCGCAUCACCCAACUAACCUCCUCCCUCGAUUUCCAAUCCGACAUCUUUUCCCAAGCCGCGCGCACGCAUUUAUUCGAAAAAACUGCUUUGCAUCAACAAAUCGCACAUCUGAAAGAAAAACUUUCUUCACAGGAGAAACUUGCCGAAGAAGAGCUUGCGGAUCUCAAAAAAGAGUUUGCGAAAAUGCGGGAGGAGAAUUUAGAUAA